AUGCGCUUUGAAGUUCUCCUGCAGUCAGCCGCUCUCAAGAACUUACGACAGAAGCUUUCGCAAGUAUCUUUUUCUGCUGGUAUGUAUUUCCUCCUUUCUUCUGAUUCCCUGGGUACACUGAUUAGCUUAACGGUACAAUGAAGCUCGAGCUUGGUCAACGAUCCAUAAUUCAAAUCAUUUACUUGUGCCACGUUCAGUAUUACGUCAAACAACUGACUUCUGAGUGUGGGCAACCGCGAAUUUCAACGGGCAAAGGCACCACUAACCUUCGACAAUCGCGAGGCUGAAUUUCUUAAUCAUAACCAUAUAAACAUUUUCAAAUAUGAUUGGCUAUCAACUGCCCUGGUUGCCGCUUUUAAUAGGACAAUGCAAUAGGAUAGUAUGCGUCAUUCCUAGGUAACUGAACAAUACGCGCCAAUCUGCGCGCGCACUUGAAUGAUUUUCUUUGUUAGUUAGUUUGUUUUUUCACUUCUUCCAAAAUACUCUCAGAAUAUCUUUACUGGAUUCAAUAAGCUUCAAUAGUUCAGUUUCGAAUUAAAAAUUACCGCUGAAUACAAACAUUAACGACACACAUACAGGGUUAUCCUCUACAUAAAGUAAAAUAUUCAGAAAUUUCGGCAAGUAAGUGUUUGAAAUUUGAAUAAAACAAUAGACAGAGUAAUAAACAGGUCUUUUUCUCGUUGGAAUUUGUGACUUUACUUCAGAUGGAGGCUAAGCCUGAAGAAAAUGCUUCUUCACUUAAUUCAGCGGUCAUAGCGAACUCGAAACUGGGCUAUUUAAAAAAAAAAUAUUACAAAUUUUCUUAUAGUUACGAUACAUGGUUGACUGACCCCUUGUGUUGCCCAAUAGGAUACAUCACUGUUUACAGACAUUGUUUUUAUUAUUCAAAUUCAUAACGAGUAAAACAAAAAGAUCUUUUGUUACAACAACCAGUACGCUUUUAGUUGGAACAGUAAUGAUAAGUGACGUAAGCGUGAGUAUCACUAAUCGGUCCGUAAUCAUAACAUCUUUUAUCAAAAGAUCUGAAUAAAAGAAGGAAAACAAACCUGGUGGACUCUUAGAUAUUCUAAUUAUAAUCGACGAAGCUCUCCUUUGGGAGAUACCUAAGGAAUAUCAGAAAAAAAAAAUAGAUUUUCCACACUUGAUAUCACGUAACGCUGCAGCGUCCAUUUCUUUAGUACUGGCAAUUUAACGCGUGCAUAAACCAGAAUCCGGGACGUUUUUGCUUGUUGAAUCCCAAAUCCAGGGAUUUGGAAUCCAGUGAUCAGCUCAGGAAUCCGGAAUCCACAAUAUAGAUUCCAUAAUCCAAACUGCCUUCAUGUUACAUUAACAAUCUCGUCGUUGCCUCUACAGGUUUUUCAUCUCACUUCACCCUGGCACAUUUGUUCGUAUCUUCUGCUUUCUACUUAUCUUUGUUACUGGCUUUAGCUGUCUGCGCUUUUCUUGUCCGAAUGAUUGGAGCCACACCCCAACCGCAACCCAUAUCAAGACAAAAACCAAAACCCGUCAAGUAAGUAAGGGCACAAUUUCAUCAUCUAAUAUAUUGUAUAUCAGAAAAUAUCCUGAUUUAUGAAACGAAGUGAUAACAGUGAAAAAAGACUUCAUUUUUUCUUUUUUUUCCUCUUUCGAUUCUUCUCUGUCUCUCAACUUUUACCUUUUUUAAAAGAUUUUUUUCAGGCCCCCAAUUAAACCUAAUUAUUUGAAAAUCUGAAUGAGUCACUGUGCUUAUCUUGAGAAACAUAAUUAACUCUCAGUACUACGAUAAACUGUAACUUCUUUCUUUUCUUUAAUCUCAACAAGUUAAUCAAGUCCAUCAAUACCUCUUUUUCACAGAUCUUCACCAUCACAAAAAACAUCACUCAGGACGAUCAUCGACCGGGACCGCAAUGUUUUUCAAAAGCAGCUCAAAAAUAUAAGUGACAUUCAAUAUGAACUUCUAAGCAAGGAAAAGUCGAAAUUAAGUUUGACAAACGCUGCUGUGAAAUCACUCUGUGAUACAGCCACACCAAGACUGCAUGUGGACGUAUCGUCCACAGUAACACGAAAAGAAAGAUGUUCGCUGAUAUCGCCUUUGACAAUGUUUCUUUUGGAAGAUUCUCACAAUCAUCACAAAAGCAUCAAGGAAACCACAGGGAGAAAGAGAGAGUACGAAAACAAAGAAGAAGAACAUCAUUGUAAAACCCGAAAGCUUGAUUAA